AAGUCGUUGUGAUCGUUUGAUCGGGGGAGUUCACGGCUGCGCAUUUGGGUUUGGUCUUGUCGUUUCCCGAUUUGGAGGUUUUUAAUGCUUGUUUGGACGGAGAUAGAGGCGGGCGGGCGUGAGAACGGUGUUGGGUCGUUGCUGCGUCGGGCUGACGUAAUGUCAUGAAUGCGAAGGCGUGCAGGUGGACGAGGGGAUAGUGGGUUCGACAUUGCCGUCGCCUACGUGCGCAACUGAGCUUUGUGAAGGGGCUCUUGAGGAAAUUUUUUGAGGGUAGGAGUGGUACGUGAGUGGGGACUGUGAGAGUGUGUGGGGGGGAGAGGCGAUUAAUGCGGGUGUAGGGUUAAGCGUGACGGGGUGGGGAGAUUUAGUGUGUGUGUGGUGAUGGAGUCGAGUUUGAGGAUGACGGGGAUGAGGUGUGGCGGUGCAAUGGCAAGGGUUUGAGUUGCGUCGAGCACAGAGGAUCACGACGCAGGAUCUGUGGGUUGCUGCGGUACGGACAGAAUCUCGUAGAGGGGUAGCUGGUUACACGACGUCGUUUCCUAGUGCGGGUGUUUGAGAGCUUCGUGUUGUACGAAGAAGAUUGGUUCACACCACCGGGUUCUCAGUGCUUCAAAAUUUGGUGGUAACAGCGUAGUGUCGAAGGUGAGAGUUGAUGUCAAAGAGUAAUGCCUUUUGGGAUACGGUGGUGAUCUUUCAGAUGACGCAGCUGUGAUUAAAGCUGGAUUCUUUUUCGUCUUCACUAGUCGCUGAAGUGUGAUGAUGAAAGCUGUUUCUGGGUUUUUCUGGUCUGGACACUAUUCAUUUUAAAUUCAAACAUGAGUUUUCAAAUCAUGGAAAGAAAAAUUGAAAUCCCGGAGUUAAGUGAACACGAUGAUGAUGAAACGUUGGAGGACGCCGACCCUGCAGUGCUAACAUUGUCUUCUAGUGAGGCUUCGGAGAAUUGGGAAAAGAUAAGUGAAGAUUGGGUUUCUCUGUUCCUAAACCCCGCCGUAUUAGACGAGCAUGCAAGACCUCUUCCUUCCGAUCUUGAGAAUUACUCGCAAUUCGAUUGUACUUCAAAAGAACCGAAGGAUCAUUUUUACCCUCAAGAGCUAGUGUCAGAUUCUUUGUUACUCCACUCCACUGACGAUCAAUUGUCUUCCGAUCUGGGGCUUGGAACCUCCACAAACGUCGUGGAAGAUAUCUUUGGGAAAGAGGAUCCUUCCAUCGGCGUUUCAGGACAACCAGAUUUGAUACAUCCGAAAGGAGAGCCCCUUGGACACCAUGAUGCAGCAGAGACACAUUUUCCUAUCGCUCCCCACUCACAUGUAACACAGGUAGCAUACGCAUCCACCCGUACGGAGGUGUAUGUUUCAACAUCUCCCGCGAGCAGCUUGACCCAGGUGAGUGGAGAUUCAAGCUCAGGAAUGGAGGUUGAUUUAUGGAAGGACAAAGAAACCGUCCCAGACUCGUCGAUUACUCUUAAACGAGAAUUAACUGAAGAGGUCUCAUCUCAUUCGGAGAGCCCAACGUCUCUGUCAAGUGUCACUGAAAGGGAAGGCGGGGCAUCUGAAAUGAAGGAGAAAAAUCCUCAGAGUGAUGAGCGAGGAGUAGGUUCUCGAGAUGUGUCAGGCACAGGCUCCGCAGCUGGGGUGGCAACUCCUUCGGCUGCAGCGCAGUUGGCAACUUUCAGUGUGCGACAACUUCAGAAUUUUGGUAACGUUAUUAAAGUAGGUUUACUGGCAAGGCCUGGGGACAGGGGGGUAAAUGUAGAGGACAGAGAAGAGUCUAACAAGCCUCUCAUUCGGGAGAAAUGUGAAAUAGAGUCUGUCAAGAUGCAAAAUCAGGAGGUGUCGGAAGACCAGCAGAGCGAUCAAAGUGAUGCUGACAGAAAGGGGGAGGCUUGUGAUGAGGAUGACGAGAAACGACGUGCUCGGUUGAUGCGGAAUCGUGAGAGCGCUCAACUUUCUAGGCAAAGAAAAAAGGUUUAUGUAGAUGAGUUAGAGGGUAAACUACGAACUAUGACAGCAACUGUCGCGGAUCUUAAUGCUACUAUCAGUCAUUUGACUGCAGAGAAUUUAAAUCUUCGGAGACAACUUGGAUAUUACUAUCCAGCUCCAGGUGUUUGUCCACCAAGGCCGGGAAUGCCAAUGCAAGUGUUGCCUAUGGGACCCUACCCUGGAAUGGUCGCUGGCAGGCCAAUGUAUCUAGGUGGGCAAAUGCCGCCUGUUCCAAUCCCACGGAUGAAAACACAGACUCCUGCCCGCAGUACAAAAAGAGCAAAGACAGGGGCGACGAACGAAGGCGGAGACAGAAAGCGGGUGAAAUUAAAAGCUGCAGGUGCUGCGUCCGUAGCAGUUAUGGGACUUCUCUGCGUGGCCAUGUUGUUUGGCUCAGUUGACCCAGGUCUCAAAGGCUCCAGCGGAGUCAAAGAUAACACGCGUGUGGGGAGCGUGCGAGUUGGGGCCCGUGUGCUUGCAAGCUGGGACGAAGCUGGUAAUCCUCUGAAUCACAUAGGGGUUAGUUCGUGGGAUAAUGAACCUGGGUGGUUGCCAUUACGUGAAGGAGAGUAUGGUCCUGAACGAGAGGGAGUUCCAAGUAUACACACACGACUAGCUUCUGAGAAACUACAAUACGCGCCUGAGAAGUCGCAGAUCCCAAAAACUGAACUGGAAUUUUCAGCCCAACAAUCAGUGCAUGGAAACGAGACUCUUGGACUUUCCGCUGAGCAACGACGUCAACCACCGUCAGAUUACUUCAGUUCCGGGAAAGCUCCAUUACUGAUGGGGAGUGAAAUGGUUCCUUCCAAUACAAGUCAAUCGUUUGCCGCAUCUGUAUUUGUUCCUGGCGCCAAUGGUCUUGUAAAAGUAGAUGGGAAUCUGAUCAUUCAAGCGAUUAUGGCCGGCGACAGAGCAGCAAAGAAGCAGUCUGAGAAAAAGAGCAAGAGUGUAGGGAAGAAGAAGGGAAAGAAGCAAUCAGAAAAAACUAUCUCUGAGGGUCAGGCAAUGAAAGGUCUUUCCGUCAAAGUGUGGGACAAUCUGGCUCCGAGUAAAGCCGAAGUUAUACAGAAUGCCACGACUGGACCUUUUGUAACUGCUAGACCUCUUCCAGGGAAAGUGAAGUCUGUUCUCGGAACGAACAAUCCAGUUUCGCCAGUGCUUCAUGGUGGAGCUUUGCAACAGUGGAUGCUUGGUGGUCUUCAUGACCCAGAGACAAGUUUUGUUGCAAGCGAACUGACCAAGAUAAUGUCACAAUCACCUGCUGAGCAAUCUGUAGAUAACUUCAAAGCUGUAGCUGCCACCCAAGUAACUUUCUAUAGUUUUAUCCAUUACGAUGCGGCUUUCAGAAAGCCGUUACAGUCGGGGCUUUUUUCAAGCCUUUCCACAGAGCCUAAAAUUUGCCAAAGAAAUAUAAGUGACACCAAGGAGAGUAUGCCUUCGCUGACGAGGAAUGAUAAAAGCUCUGGAGCCUCGAUUCUUGUUCAAACUAACUUGCCACCUUUGACUUGUAAUAAGCUCCUUCAUAGAAAAGCUCAUGACAAGGAUACUUGCUGUGUGCCUACACUUGGUAAUCUACAUUGGGCAGCAGCUGCUGCGAGCACUGAAAUAGCAACAGCUGAAUCUCGACAAUGCCUUUCUGCUGAUCGGCCUGUACUUAACACAGGUAUGUGCACGGAGCUUUUCCAGUUUGACACAGCAGCAGCUGCUAGUUCAGCAGGGCAAGCCUCCACUUCUGAAGCCAAGAACGUGGCAGAGUCAGUUGCAGCCAAAGCUGCACAGGGUAGUCCCCACAACAUUACUUCUACACUGUCAGGUCCUAUCGGACCUCGUAGCCGCCGGGAUCCAUUCGCAGUUCCCCUCCCCCCAGUGAAUUCAAAGCCUCCAGCUAAAGGCGAAGGGCCCCGCAAUGGAACGGAUCCAAGGGUAGAGAAUUUAGUUAGAGAGCAGCUGCACGGACAGAAUCUGCGCGAUGGAAUUUCUAGCAUGGUGGUGUCAGUAAUGGCAGGACCCGAGGAGUACGGAGAUAGUAGGAGAAAGGGGACCAAAGGGUUGUCUCGAAUUUUUGUAGUGGUUCUCGUUGACAAUCAGAAGUACGUUACGUACUCGUGCAUUCUUCCUUCCGGUGGCCCUCAAGCUCAUGUAGUUGCGGAGUGAUACGCGGAUAGGGCUUCAGUGGACAGGACGGUUACAUGUAUACAAGCGCUCAAUGUUUCCUGUUCAGAAUGCUUCAACUUCAAGCUCCACGUUUGUGCAUAUGUACAGUAAAGGUUACUGUACCUCACUCCACAUUCAGUGUCUCAGCAAUCAAUACAUUCUUUUGAGACUUGGACAGAUGACAGGCCUGGACUCCACAACAGGCUCAAUAGAAUUCAGAGCUAACGAGCUCGUUUUCAAUCUGUAGUGGAAACCUUCUUUAGAUUUGCACUAAUUAGUGUAGUUCAACAUAGAUCUGAAGUGAUUAAUUUGAACCUUGUUCAAAUCAAACGGGAAGCUUGGAGGCUAGCGUCACCAUUUGCAUGCGUACACUGCCAAGAAUAGAAUUCAAUGCAUUGUGAUGGUUUUGAUCGUGGAGAGUUUUUGAGUUGGAACAUGUAGGGAUUACCAGGGUCUUCUUGUCAGAGAAUAUUUUCCUUUUAACCUUUAACCCAUUUCCUACCAUCCAGUGUAUCACAGUAAAUCAUAUCUUUUCAUGAUUCGGUUUUGGAAGCAAGCUGAACCAUUCUUCCGCAAGUGACUCUGAAUUGAGUUUUUGAUCCUGA